CGAGCUCCGAGUCAACUCUUGCCUCCGCACAACUCGAACUUGCAUUGUAUCACCUUCUAACUAUUGCUUGUCUAGCUUUUGUUACAGAAAACAGUCAGAUAUGUCUUUGUUGUCUUCUGCACGACGACUCGGUGUCGCUCGCCGUAUCGGUACCAAGUCCUACCUAAAUCCGAACCAACCAGCGCUGUUCUCAUCCUCAGCUGUCGGACGAAGUGGUUACGUCAAGUAUAACAGUGAUGAUCCGCUAAACUUAGAAUCCAUGCUAAGUGAGGAGGAGGUUGCCAUUCGCGAUACUGCACGUGAAUAUUGCCAGGAAAACCUUUUCCCUCGUGUUCUAGAAGGAUGGCGUACCGAACAGUUCAAUCAUGACAUUCUACCAGAAAUGGGAAAACUUGGUCUUUUGGGGCCUACAAUUCAAGGUUAUGGUUGUGCUGGAGUCAACAACGUUUCGUACGGUCUCAUUGCUAGGGAGAUUGAACGAGUCGAUUCUGGGUAUCGUUCAACAGCGUCUGUGCAAUCUUCACUUGUCAUGCAUCCUAUCAACGAAUUUGGCUCUGACUUGCAGAAGGAGAAGUACCUACCUCGUCUUGCUAAAGGAGAGCUUGUGGGUUGUUUCGGUCUCACUGAGCCAAAUCAUGGCUCAGAUCCUGCUGGAAUGGAAACAACCGCUGAAGAGACUGACGGUGGGUUCAUCAUCAACGGGAGUAAGACCUGGAUAUCAAAUGCCCCAGUCGCUGACGUGUUUAUCAUUUGGGCACGUUGCAAGUGGGAUGAGAAAGUGAGAGGAUUCAUACUCGAAAAGGGCAUGAAAGGACUUGAAGCACCAGCCAUUAAAAACAAGGUCGCACUUAGAGCAUCCAUCACCGGCUCGAUUUUCAUGGAUUCCGUCAAAGUAACUCAUGAUGCCCUACUACCCAAGGCUAAGGGUCUUAGCGCCGCUUUCUCGUGUCUGAAUAGUGCACGUUAUGGUAUUUCAUGGGGUGUCAUGGGAGCGCUGGAAGACUGUAUCCACUGGACGCUGGCGUAUGCGCUUGAGCGCAAACAAUUCAAGCGACCAUUAGCUUCCUUCCAACUUGUUCAAAAGAAGUUGGUCGACGCUCAAAGCGAAGUUGCUUUGGGACUCCAGGCGAGUCUUCAGGUAGGCAGGCUCAAGGAUGCAGGGAAAUUGGCCCCAGAGAUGGUCAGCAUGGUGAAGCGAAACAAUUGUGGAAAGGCACUACAGCAUGCUAGGACUAUCUUGGAUAUCCUGGGUGGAAAUGCGUGUUCAGAUGAAUACCACGUUGGGCGCCAUGUGGCCAACUUACAAGUAACCAAUACAUAUGAAGGAACACACGUUCGUCCACCUUCAUCGCUUGGUAUAUUCGAAUAUGUUUUUGCUGACAUUUCUUUAAAUUUCAGGACAUCCAUGGUCUCAUCCUCGGCAAAGCUUUGACCAGCAUACAAGCCUUUGCCAAUUAGCUUUGCAGGGAUACUCAAGAUAAUCAUAUAUACAUAAUUCACAGGAUGAUGCUGCCUAUGAAGUAACAUAAAGCAGAAUC